UUGAAAAGUACCCUUUACUGUAACGCCUCCAAACACACCCCCUACGCGAAAAAAGAAAAAAGGAAAAACGCAGAAGAUCCUAAACAUCGAGAGAAUUUUAAUAGAUCAGUUUUUUUAUGAAUCAGUGAGUUUUGCCUAAUCACUGUUGCAGAUUCGAUCAACUUCACUAGAAGGAUUGUCUUGUGUUUUAGCACUCAAAUUUUACUGGAAAGAUGGAGGAUAUCUUCGUGGGAUUACUGAUGAUGCUGCUGCUUUUAUCUUUAAUUCCGCUUUAUUUAUGGAAACGCCGCAUCGAUUCUCACUCUUCCGAUCAGCAUGAAGAAGAAACUCAGGCUGUGCAAGAGGAAAGAGUGGUUAGGGCAACUGGUACGCGCCGAAUGCGCAGGCGGCCGGCCGCUUCUUCUGUUGCCAGCACAUCGUCGGCCGCUGCAACCGAGGAAGAUGGAUAUUAUGCUGCUAAAGCGUCGAAGAAAAGGGAAAAGAAACGACAGGAGCGGGAAGCACAACGACAAGCUGCAGUGGCUGCUCGUGAGUCAAGGCGAACAAAACAAGACCAUUACGAUGAGAUGAGGAGAAAAAAGGAUGAAGAGCAUGAAGCUCGAGAGAGGAUGCUGGAAGAAGAAGCCAAAGCUCGAAAAGCUGAGGAAGAAGCAGCUGCUUCCUUGGAGUUUGACAAGUGGAAAGGGGAAUUUUCAAUUGAUGCUGAAGGUACAACAGAAAAUGAGGUGCAAGACGGAAAUCAGGGUUUGCUCUUUGAUUUUGUGGAAUACAUCAAGAAGCACAAAUGCGUUCCUCUGGAAGAUGUUGCUGCAGAAUUUAAGUUACGAACUCAGGAUUGUAUCAAUCGGAUAACCUCAUUAGAAAAUAUGGGAAGACUAUCUGGGGUGAUGGAUGAUCGAGGAAAGUACAUAUACAUCUCACUGGAAGAAAUGAAAGCUGUUGCUGAUUAUAUAAAGCGUGAGGGUAGGGUCAGCAUCUCACUCCUAGCUAGCAAGUCGAACCAGUUCAUAGAUUUGGAACCAAAAGCUGAGUUAGUAGAAGAUAUCAUAGAGGAGACAACUGUUGCGUGAUCGACUCAUUUUGGUCCUAUGCAUGUGAUAACAAACGAACGACUGGUUGGAAUUAAACUCUAUGUAGACUUGAUCGAUAUAAGCUAAAAAAAAAUGUAAUCCUGUUCAUCAGUUACAGAUGUAGCAUAAGUUUUUUUCGUUUCUUGCUCUACUCUUUUCUUGUGUCAUAGGGAUUCUUGCGCACGUAUGCUUCUCUUUGAAAGGACUUAAGGAAUCUAUUUCUUAAA